GAGAUAUAUUUUGUAGCAAUGCUGAAUAUGAAGCAUAAACGCUAGUUUCGGUUUUGAUUAAAACGUCGAUUUCGUUUUACUAUAUCAAUUAUUAUAUUAUAAAUAUAACCAAGAAUAACCAAGAAAGAAUUAAAAUUUAUAACUAAAGGGCGCAUCAGGUGUUGUGAAAAUUGAAUGUUCAACGAAGAAAUGCUGUUCGUAUAAACAGUAAAAUAAUAUUACUUUAAAUUUGUUACAGAAAUAUUUGACAUAAAGAUAAAAAUGUUACUUUGUUCAAAGGAUCAAUUAUGCAGUUAUGAAACAAAAAUUGAUGAAAUGGCAAAUUCAAUUGAUGAUGAUUUUACACUAUAUCUCGAAAGUGAUGUGGAAGAUCAGAUUUCACUGAUUAAUAAUGAUGAAAAUUCAAACGAAGAUCAUGUUAACGAUCUUAAUGUUAAUGGGAUUGAAUUUGAUGAUAAAUUCAUUGAAAACUGGCUUAAUUACUAUGAAAAUGGUGAUGUUGAAAGUUACAUUGAACUUAACAAGUAUAAUAAAAUAGGACUAUUUAUUGAUUUAUCCUUACAAAAAGAAAUUGACAACAACUCUAACAAUUAUACAAAUAUGCAAUUGAAGAUAGUUCCAAGGGAAUCAUUGCCAACAAACUUUGAAGCACAACAUAAAUCUAAAUAUCUUAUUCAGAAUAAUUUAAUUGAUACAUUUGAAAAUAGUAUUAAGCAUCCAAUGAAUCCAAGGGUAGUCUUGAAAAAACCUUUUAUUUCUUUUGCAAAACCAAAGCGUCAAGUCAAAGUGACAGAUGCGAAAUCAAGCACUAUCAAAAGAAAAAAAGCAAUGUAUCGUUGUUCUGGUUGUUGUUUUAAAACUGACAAGAGGAUUAAAAUGAUUUAUCAUUUAGAUGAAACAAGCCAUGAAUCUGUUUAUUAUAAAAAACAAGUGAUCUCUAAUGGUCAAGUGAAAUCUUUAGACCAGUGCCAAUCUAGAUUUCAAUUUUUCAAAAUAAUGUUACAAAAAUCUUUUAUAUUUACAGGCAAUUUUUACUCUAUCAAGCAUCGUAAAAUAAAUAAUAACUAUAAAACUAAGUCUAAUGUACAUUAUCAGCUCAGGAAUAAGUAUUCAAGUGAAUGGUUUCAUUGCUCGUAUAAUAAAUGCCAGUUCUCUGCAAAAAAUUGGCGGUUGAUGUAUAAUCAUAUGAAGUAUAGUCACCUUCAACCAUACAAAUUGAAGAAAAAGCAAAUAAAAUAUAGAAUCAAAUGUAAAGAUAUUCUUAUGAAUGCUAAAAGAAACAGUAAACUUGAAAUGAGGGCACUGGUAAUUCUAGAAAGACUUCCUUCUUAUAUUGUAAAUUUAGAGAGUCCGAUAUCAAUGAAGUUAUGGUUUCCUUGUUCAAGAAAUAUUUCACUAAGUGUUAAUCAACAAGGAAAGUCAACUAUUGAAAAGUAUCCAUGUACUUUCAACAAUUGUAUGUUUGUUUCUAAAAACUGGAGAGCUAUGCACCGACAUGUCAAGCUCUGUCAUGUAAAAUUACCCAAAAUCUGUAAUAAUUGUUCUUAUGAAGGCAAACCAAGAGAUAAAAUAAAAGAUCACAUAGCAAAGACAUAAGUUUAGACUACAGUAGAACCAUUGUUUAUUUAUGUCAGUUUUAUGUAUUUGUUUAUUUAUUUUUUUAAAUGUAUGACGUAAUAUGGAUACACGUACAUGCACGCACGCGCACACACACACACACACGCGCGCGCGCGUAUAUGUUUUAUAAUGUAGUCAGUAUAGUCAACUAAUAGAAAAUAAAAUGUGAAUAUAUUUUUUAAUGUACAAGAAAAAUUUUUAAAAAUAUACAAUA